CCUCUCACUCCUCAUUCGUUUUUAGUUUGUCGCUGCGCUGUCUUUAGCUGUGUUAACUUUUGAUGAAACGAUUGUUAGGUACAACCUAGUUUCGUAUUAAUAAUUCCUUUAUUAAUUAAAAUUUUUGUUCUGUUAUUAGUAUUUUUAGGGGGAAAACGACAUUUCUUAGAAAUAAGUAAUAUAGAACAGGUAGACAUGCCGCGACACAAUGAUAAAUAGUGGUAUAUAAAUAAUAACCAAAAAGGUACUGUUAUUUUAACAGUACCUACUUCCAAACUAAAUUGUGGCAACUACAUAGAAAGUUAACAAGCUGUUCGUCUCUUUCCAUUGAGAAGUUAGGCAGGUUGGGGUCGAGUGAAGCUAAUUCAAGAUGGCGGAAGCACACUCUGCGGUCGCGUUCUCUUUUGCAAUUACCCACGACGGAUGGGACGUCAACUUUGAUCGGGAGGUGCUCUAUUUGGUGUGGGAAUCUGGCCUAAGGUCCUGGAAGAAACGAUUAGCGCGAUUCAGGAACAGUGUAAGCAAUGGCGUGUACCCGGGCCAUCUUCAAUCUCUAUACGUUUUAUGGGCGUUGCUAGUGGCAACACAUUUUGGCGGCUUUAAUAUACCUUUUGGACUAGUACAAAAAGCAUUAGCUGUUUUGCCUGGGACAACUACUAUGUGGCAAGUUAUAGCUUGCUUAUUGGCAGCUCUCACAAUGUGGUUAUCAGUCAUAUUCCUGAUGCGGUAUCUGCUUAAAGUUUUACUCAUGUACAAGGGCUGGAUGUAUGAAUCUCGAGCGCCCGGAGCGAGGAUAUCAUUUAAAACAAUGCUAUGGGUUAGUGUUGUCAAAAUUCUAUCAGGCUGGAACAAACCUAAGCUGUACAGUUUUCAAGGAUCUCUACCUAGACUUCCAUUGCCGUCUGUUAAAGAUACUAUGAAAAGGUACCUGAAUAGUGUCCGUCCGUUAUUAGAUGAUGAAAAUUACCAACGAGUUGAAAGACUUGCUAAAGAAUUUGAAGAGACGAUAGCAGUUAAAUUACAAAGAUACCUAAUUUUAAAAUCAUGGUGGUCAAGCAACUACGUAUCGGAUUGGUGGGAGGAAUACGUUUAUUUGCGUGGUCGCUCCCCAUUGAUGGUUAAUUCAAACUUCUACGGUACUGAUGCUAUCUUACUUAGACCCACAACAAACCAGGCCGCGAGAGCUGGCGCAAUAAUACACUUCUGUCUACAGUUCAGAAGACUUAUCGAAAGACAGGAAUUAGAACCGAUAAUGCUUCAAAAUAUGGUACCAUUGUGUUCAUGGCAGUAUGAACGUCUAUUCAACACGGUACGCGUUCCUGGAGUAGAGACGGACAAGUUGGUACACUACCAGGACUCUACUCAUGUCACCGUUUAUCACAAGGGUCGCUAUUUCAAACUAAUGGUUUACUCUAGAGGCAGAUUACUUAGACCUGUGGAAAUACAACGUCAAAUCGAACAAGUCCUUCAUGAUAAUUCGGAACCGAUGAUAGGGGAAGAGCGGGUUGCCGCAUUAACUGCCGGGGAAAGAUCACAUUGGGCUCAUAUACGACAGACAUGGUUCAAUAGAGGACACAACCGUACCUCGCUACACUGCAUUGAAAGAGCUGCUUUCAAUGUAUGCCUUGAUGAUAAAGAGUAUGGAUAUGAUGAGAACGAUCCUAGCAAGUUAGAUGAAUACUGUCGUAUACUAUUGCAUGGUCAAGGACAUGAUCGUUGGUUCGACAAAUCUUUUAACCUCUGCUUCAGCAAAAAUGGAUUCGUCGGAUUCAAUGCUGAGCAUACUUGGGCGGAUGCACCUGUAAUGGGUCAUCUUUGGGAAUAUGUUAUCUGGUUUGAAUUACAGAAUGGUUAUACAGCAGAUGGCAAUGCACAUGGUAUUAUAGAAACAGCUCCUCCACCACCAAUAAGAUUGCAAUGGGACUUGAACAAAGAAGAAUUAAUGAAAGGAAUCGAUGUGUCUUAUAAUGUUGCCCAGAAUUUACUAAAUGAUGUUGACUUACGUAUACUAACCUACACCCAAUAUGGAAAAGGUUUCAUGAAGAGUUGCCGCGUGUCUCCGGACGCGUUCAUCCAGCUGUUACUGCAGCUGUCGUACUAUAGGGACGCAGGUCGCUUCUGCCUUACCUACGAAGCCUCGAUGACGCGCUUGUUCCGCGAAGGUCGGACUGAAACUGUUCGCUCCUGUACUAUAGAGAGUACUGCAUGGGUCCGCGCUAUGGAAGAUCCUAAUGCGACAGUUGAAGAACGCAUGCAGCUGUUCUUGAAGGCGAGCAAACGUCACCAACUCGGUUACCAAGAUGCGAUGGCGGGAAGGGGCAUCGACCGUCAUCUAUUCUGUCUCUAUGUCGUCUCCAAAUAUCUUGAACUCGACUCACCUUUCCUACAAGAAGUCUUCAAUGAACCGUGGCGACUAUCCACCAGUCAAACACCACAUGGUCAAACGAACAUGUUGGAUAUGAAGAAGUAUCCGAAAUGCGUAAGCGCAGGCGGCGGCUUCGGCCCUGUUGCAGACGACGGUUACGGUGUUUCAUACAUUAUUGUUGGAGAAGAUACUAUCUUCUUCCAUGUAUCGAGCAAGAAGAGUUGCCCUAUAACGAGCUCAAGCAACUUUGUGAAACAAAUCGAAAGGUCUCUGAAGGAUAUCAAAGAGCUCUUUACAGAAUAUAAUAAACUUAAAAAAAAAAAUAAUGGUAUAAAACGGUUAGUUUCCACUGUUGUAACACCUGUGUAACAACAAUAUUACCAUCUCAUUCAUUCUUUUUAGA